AUGACUGGCCAUCCACCUAGGAGAAGGAAAACUCUGACUUCAAACCUCCGCUGCCUUGCGGCCACACCCAUUCAUGGGAAGGCUAUGGGAGUAAACCCAAACAGAAAAUUGCUAGCAUCUGCAGUAAAUCACGGAAUACAACUAUUCGUCAGUAGAAAAGCUCCUCUUGUCAGACUAAUUACAUUGAAUUCUCUAGCCCUGGUAUUCUUUACUGCAGUUCAAGUUCAAGGGGUCGGUUGUAACAACUGGUGUCAGAAGUGGGAUAGUCAGAAGAUUAUAACAUCUGGUGUCAGAAGUGGGAUUUUCAGGAGAUUACACACUGGUGACAGAGGUAAGAUUUUGAUAGCUGGAAACUUACUGCAGUAA